AUGAUUCAGGACAGCACCCUGGACUCUUCGUCAAUACAGCAUAGCCUCGAACUCGAACUCUUCCCAAGUGAUGCCUUUGCUGGCAUCUCGACGCCGCCACUGCCCUCGUCACCAACUCAGCUUGCCAAGAUUUCCGCUGUGACGCUCAGCACGGCUUCGAACCCAAUCAUGAUUCCAGAUAGCACCCUGGACUCUUCGUCAAUACAGCAUAGCCUCGAGCUCGAACUCUUCCCAAGUGGCCAACCUGGAGCAUCAUCUUUGCGCUCGACGAAUACGUCACGGUCACAGCUGCCGCUCUCACCUUUCGAGCUAGAUCCUGCGAGGUUGAGCGAUCCUGCGAGUCAGAGGGAUAUCAAGGCGACACAGUUUCUGAGGGACGAAUGGCUUAUCUCGGCCGGACAGAAGGAACCUGACGAUCUGGUGGACAACUAUGUAUCCUUCAUGAGGAAUGGUAGACCAGAGUCCACCGGACAACCGAGCAGCAAAAGAGGAGGCUCCAGUCUCCUGGAUCAGAUCGAUGCUAUCUGUAGUCCUUCAUCAAGUGGAUCGAGUGUUCAGGCAGGUGGUAAAACAACAGAUGCUCGUCAGCCACUGCGGCCGAGCAAAAGCGCCAAGACAAACGAGAAAGCGAGAGCGACAGCAGAGGAGAUCGACAAGAUGGUUGCUGAUGACAUGUUCAACACGUCGUGCUCGCCUCCAUCACCACCAGUAUCUCGAAUCAAGUCGAUCUCGGACAUGCCAGCAGAAGAGCAGCAAUUCUUCUAUCGUCUUGCUUUCGGAGGAGGCUCCCCUUCUUCCAGCUCUCCCGGCAACAUGGGCGUGACAUCACGAGGAAAGAAUGGCAAGACAUGGCAGACGACAUGGGAUAACUCAAAUCAACCAAGUACAGGCACUGUCAGCUUGGCUGCGACUAGCAGGCCAAACUUGGCUUCCGGCAGUAGUUCCAGCCGCGGUGUAGCAAAGGGAUCAACAUCAAGUGCCAGCAGCGGUGCGAUUCGAGGUCGGAGGCCGUCCGCAUUCACAGUAGAAGCUCGCAAAGGUAGUCGAGGAGGCAAGGCGCGAUCGAGUACUAGCUCAAGCAGUAGCGCUCAUCGUAGUCGAAGUCGUUUCUUUGCUUGA